AAACAUGAAUUUCUCAAAUGGGUUCAGCAACUAGGUCUCCUACGCAUAUUGAAGUUUCCACGAUGGAUUUUUGGAGAGAAGAGAGGUCCCGACUCACUGUCCUUUCAUGUUUUUGUCGAUGCCAGUAAAGACGCAUACGCGACGGCAAUCUUCGUACGAGUUGAGUCAAGCACAGGAGUCGAGAUACAUCUCGUAGAAGCUAAAUCUAGAAUAGCACCCAAAGAGAAGAAGACCAUCCCUCGCCUUGAAGUACUAGCAGCCUCCAUUGGAGCUAGGAUGAUGCGAUCUUUCGUAAAAGCUAUGGAUUAUCAAGACCUAUUUCUGGAGCGACUCGAUGACCAUUCUAACAUGGAUUCGACAAACAAGACAAUGGGCAGUCUUUAUAUGGAAUCGUGUUCUGGAAAUAAGGAGCCUUACGGAUAUUGAAUCUUGGAGAUAUGUUCCUGGAGAUUUACCCUCACGAGGUUGUGAUGCUAAGAAAUUCCUUGAACUGAAAUGGUGGGAGGGACCGGAGUGGUUGAAACUACCUCCCAAAGAGUGGCCCAAAGAGGAAUUUCUGGAGGCCUUCAGAAGAUUCAUUGCACGUCAAGGAAGACCUACUGUAGUAUAUAGCGACAAUGGGAAAAAUUUUGUAGGGGCCAGGAAUCUACUACAGAAGAUUAAUUGGCGGAAAGUUUCCCAAUAUUGUGCACUCAAUGAGAUAACAUGGCAUUUUAAUCCAACUUCAGCUGCCUGGUGGGGAGGAUAGUGAGAGCGACUUAUCCGCCUCCUUAAAGAUCUAUUGAAGAGGACAUUAAAGAGAACUUCGUUGAGCUACGAAGAAAUGAACACAAUUUUAUGCGAUUGUGAAUUUUAUGCGAGGCUACUAUGAAUUCAAGACCCCUUAUCUACUUGACAGAGGAAAAUACUGAAAUCACAGCGCUGACUCCAGCGAUGUUCAUCAGUGACAUUCGAGAAAAUGACGUUCCAGAUUUGUGGAUCAAGUUUACAAGUCCCACUUUGCAAAGAGGAUACGCUAUCGUCAAAGAUUGAAAGAAGAGUUCAGAAAACGUUUCCGUAUACAGUACUUGGGCAGUAUUCCGUAUACAGUUAUCUAGACGAACUAAACCCAGCAAUAGUUCCGCGUUCGUGGCUGUCGGGGACGUCGUGCUUAUGAAAACAAUUUACAAAAGCGAUUAGACUGGCCGCUCGCCGUCAUCAGAGAAGUCUAUCCCGGAAAAGAUGGUUACGUGCGGAUGAUAAAACUGAAAACGAGUAAAGGUGAACUGGUUCGACCCAUUCAAAAACUAAUUCCCUUGGAAGUUGAACACUCCAGUCCUGAAACUGAUAACUUUAUCGAGUCUAUCACUACGACGUCAGAGACUACUAAGGAAAAUGCAGC